AGUGGCUAAAGGAGAGAACGGUCAUGGUGAUAUUUAGAUAGGCAGCACGCUUUCUCCCAAGAAACGUGAAAGAGGAUCUCAUUCGGGCGUACGAAGAUGAGAGAGUUCAGAUGGGCGAUGUCGGAGAAGGCUUUAGUAGGGGCCGAGUUAAGGUCGAAAGUUUGAACGCUGCCUCUUAUGUAGCGAAGAGUAUUACAAUUUUUGCAUGGCUCAUCGACAAACGUAGUGCGGAAGUUGAACUCGGAGGCACCACAUACAAGCUUGAGUUCAAGCCAUGGCUCACGAAUGCACAGCUGAGGGAUCAACGAAGAAUAGAGGAGCUUUUGACCUUCUGGAUCAUCGUUGUGCAAGUGCCAUUGGACGCUAUGUUUUAUUUGGAGGCUCACAUCCGAAGAGCGAUCGGCCCAGUCCUCCGAGCUCAUCCGCCGAAGCAAGACAGAAUGAGACCAGCGUUGGUCAACAUCAAAUUUGACCUGGACCCACAGGCCAGGCAAAACAUGAAGGACUCAAUCACUGUUGAUACCUUCGAAGGGGACGAGCUUGUCGUCAAGCUUGCUUCGUCGGAUACACCGCGAUGCCGAAGAUGCCGGACCUUCUUUCAUUCGACAGACGAGUGUAGAAGAACGGGAAGAUCAAGACAACAACAGGGAGGGUCAGGAGGUCAAGAGCGAAGAGCGGAAUCAGCACAAGAAGCUUCGUCAAGACCGGUGUACCAGGGCCCGUUGGGAUCAGGAGGGGGAAAUGCGCAUCCAGUGCCCACGCAACUUGAAGCAGAAGGCGGACGCAAUCAGGCUCCAGGUGCGCCCUUCCAAAAUGUGUACCAGAAUCCAACCUACAUGGUGCCUUCACAGCCUGUGCUUCCAAAUGGAAUUCUUGCACAGUUGCUUCAGGAGAUGGCGCUUGCUCAGUCGAAUGGUCAACUCCCACUCGGGCAACCAUUGGGUCUGUUUAGCUGGAUGAUGGGUCCCGGGAACGGAGGAGGCUUCCAACCGUACCAGCCACAGAACACACUUCAACCUACAUGCUUAUUCCCGGCAGGUGUGGGAGGUCUUCAACAAGGAGGAGGAGGGGCCGCGACCUCAUCGCAGGUACCAGGACCAUCGGGACGCCCGGACAUGACAACACCAGGUGGAAGAACACCCGGAAACACUUCGGGAAAACACCGAAGAGUGGACAGCAAUGGCCUCGAGAUCGAAAGAGAAGAUUCCCGAACGUCGAUCCGAAGCUCGGAGGGAUCGGGUAUACAGGAAACAGUAAUCGGCACUCCUGAGAACAGAAUAUUGUCGAUCAUGUGCAUCGCUGCCAAGGAGACCUUCUCGGUCAUAGCGUGGAGUGGUGGAGAUGGGGUGCCAGAACUUUUCAGCACGACCUCACCCGAGCAGCCGAUGCCAACAGCCGUCUCCAACAUUGUACAAGCGGCAGUUCGAGGGAAGUUCAUAGUGCGGCUGGUCCCAGACGUACUGAUGGGAAGAUUCAUCCACGACUUGACGAAUGGCAAGAAGUUGAAACUCUUUGUUCCAAUCUUUGACACACGAAUGGAGACGGAGCAAUUAGCAAAAUUGGAACAAGAAGGGAUGAGGCUCCUUCCGUUGAACUGGUUUGCGGAAGGAAAGCGUCCGGACCUGCGGAGAAUCAGAGUUCCGCCGCUUCAUACGGGGGAAUUUCUGGCAGACCUCAACAGCAAGCUGGCAAGGGAUCGGAAAAUCAACUCCAAGUUUUUCAAGGACUUUCUGCAAUCCACAUGGGUCACGCCACCGUCAACAUCUGGAACGGCUGCUCCAACCCAACACACGAAUGGGAGACUAAGCAUGAAUGGGUAGACUUCGUUUCUCUACCUGGAAUUUGAGAGGGUUGGUAGACGCUUCACGAACAAGAAGUUAGGCUCAAGAAGAAGAUCGAGCAAGCGGAACAGAAAAUGGCUCGCCAUCCAAUCUCUCGCAUAGUCUGGGGCUCGCCAUCCAAUCUCUCGCAUAGUCUGGGGUAGGGAAAGAGUAAAGCUGUUCCUAAAAG